AUGAUGCAACAAAAUAUUUGUCCGGAUGUCUUCACUUAUUCUUCGCUUAUUGAAGGGCUCUGCUUGAAGGGUGAAAUCGAAAUAGCGAAACAAUUACUUGAUUCCAUGGUAGAGAGGGGCCUUAAACCCAAUAUUGUUAACUAUAGCACCUUGCUAAAUGGAUAUUGUAAGAAGGGAAGCGUGGAUGAAGCUUGGCGUAUUUUUCUUGAAAUUUCCGGUAAAGGUCUCGAGCAUAAUGUGCAAACUUAUAGUACAUUAUUGGAUGGGUUGUUGAAGCGUGGGAUGGUUGAUGAAGCUCUGCUUCUGCUGUCCGAGAUGGUGGAGAAGGGCAUCUCGCCUGAUGUUGUCACAUGCAGCAUAUUGAGCAAUCUGCAAUUCUUGGCUAAGGAUGGACACAGCUGCAAACUACAAGAAAAGAAGCUCAAACUCAGCUGA